AUGUCGAAACUCGUGGCCAAGCUCAAGGAAGUCGGGUCGAGUGACGAGCCGCCGUCGGCGGCGUCGCUGGCCACAACCACCCCAAGGAAACGUCACCAUCAUUUGUCGGGCCUAUUGAAUAUACACGGGGCUGGAGGAGGAGGAGGAGGAGGAGACGCGCCGCCGUCCAUGAGUGAGACCAGCAGCAGUGGUGAGUCUUCACGAAGAACCCGGUCGCGGAGCAACUCGAAGAACCUGUUGGCGCCGGGCAAUGGCUACCAUGGGGGACAUUCGUCGUCUGUGAAGUCAAGGCCGCGGUCCGGUGGUUCGCACUCAGAUCAAUUGAGAAGGCAGCUGGUGCUGCCCAACACAGAAAGAGUCCGUCUACAACGGUCGACACAAUCGGGACCCCAGAUGACCACGUCGCAUUCGUUGUCCCAUUCGUUGAACGUGUCGCUGCUCUCUCGUGUCCAUGAUGGGGAUGAGGGGGCCGUGGUGGUGACACCCGACGGGGCCGUGGCGCUUCCUCGGUCUCUUUCCUCGCCUCAUAUAAGGCUGAUGGACGGCACCGACGGCACCGAAGGUGCUGGAGGUGCCACUACUACUACUGGAGGUGCUGCCACUACUCCUGGAGGUGCUGCCACUACUCCUGGAGGUGCUGCCACUACUCCUGGAGAUGCUGCUACUGGAGGUGCUGCCACUACUACUUCCCGCACAACUGACGAGGGAUCUACCACCAAUGGAGGACACCAUGAGUCAGGGUUCCUCUCAACAAUCCUCACUGCUAUUGGCAACGCCACCGACAAUCAUCAGACCAACCCAGAGAAUGAUGACGGUGGUGGCGCCGCCACGGACCACAAACAUUCCACCGGUGGCAACGCAUUCUCAAGUAAACUCGAUUUUCUUCUCAAACCCGCCAAAUUUGGUAAAAGUUCUCGUAGUUCUCUUAUAGAGGAGGAGGGAGAAAGUGGUGAUGGGGAGAGUGGUGCUGGAGAGAGUGGUGUCUGUGCUGUAGGAGCUGGUGCGGGUAAGGAUGCGGGUGUAGGUGUAGGGGCUGGUGCGGGUGCCACUUCCUCCACCACCACCACCACGGAAGCCCAACCUUCUGGAGAGCUUUCCAACUUGCCUUCAACCUCAAGCGUCCAUUUCGAAUCCAUCCGAGAGUCGCCAUUGUUGACCCUUGGAAAUGGAGACCUUUCUCUUAGUUUGUUUGGGAAGAAGGUGGAUGAGCGAGAACGGGCGCUUCAAACCGUGGGGGGCACUUUGGGUGAGUCUCAGGUUGAGGGUGCGAAUGGCUCCAGUGCGAUAGCUCCGGGGGGUGAGAGAGAAGGGGCAGUAGGAGCUGCUGGAGCUGGAGCUGGAGCUGGAGCUGGAGCUGGAGCGGGGGCCGAAGCAGGAGCCGGUGUCGGAGCCGGAGCAGGGAUCCCUAUUGGUGGAACAGCCCAUAACUUGGGACUCACCCAUAGAAACGUAUCGGGAGACAAUCUCAAGUUGGACACGGCCAUGGCCAACCCAGAGAUCCGUAGAACACUUUCCCCCGAUGUAGUCAACCGACAACUCCCCGUGGGGAGUCAACUUGUAGUCACUGGGGGUCAGGACUCCCGGAGAGUGCGUAGACGAUCAUUCUCCUCAGCCAGGGUCGCGGGAGUUGAUGACGAGCAGGAGAGUGGUGAAGGGUCAACAGCAGCAACAACAGCACCAACUUCAUCAGCAGCUGCUGCAGCUGCUGCAGCUUCUCUGACAUCCAAUGGAGGAGGGCUCCCUGCAUUGACCAGCUCCACAUCAAUAAUCUCCCAUCUGGGCUCUUCCGACGAUGAAACACCAUUGGAAAGCGAAGGAGUAGACUACAAAUCAUUCAAUCAUGCGUCCCGUGCACGUAACAAGGACUUCCAUAACAUGUUCAAAUCGAUCCCACGCAAUGAAAGACUCAUUGACGACUUCAGUUGUGCCAUCUCAAAGGAUAUCCUUGUCCAGGGCCGCAUCUACCUCUCACAGAAACACAUUUGUUUCAACCUGAACAUCUUGGGCUGGGUGACCAAUUUGGUGAUCCCACUCCAGGAGGUGAUUCAGAUCGAGAAGAAGACCACGGCAGUGCUUUUCCCGAACGGGAUGGUGAUCCGAACGCUCCAUCAGAAGCAUGUGUUUGCCACGUUCAUCUCAAGAGACGCCAUCUUCAGUCUUAUUACCAGUGUAUGGCAUCGUGCGUUGCUUGAAGGUAAUGAGGUGGAUGCGUCAAAGAUGCGCGAGCCUUCGACGGUGAGUUCUAGAAGAACUGACCGUAUGGCAAGUGGUAGUGACAGUGAAGAUGAUGAGGAGGAGGAUGAUUAUAGUGACGAUGGGUACGAUGAAGAGGAUGAGUAUGAUGAGGAUGGGUCAUUGGAGGGAGGGGAGGGAGAUGGUGUGGGAGAUGUAGACAAAAAGGUGAAUUUAGACCCUGGGGAGAAUGAUACAGGAGAAGAGGAAGGUGCUGGGGGUGGUACUGGAGAAGGUAGUUCUGGCACUGGCACCGGUCCCGGCACCGGGUCUAAAGAACCAGGAGCAAGCUCCGAAGCUGGUGGCUCCAACUCCUUCAAUGGACUCCCAAUCGUUGGACCCUCAUCACACGCCCCCACAGAACUCACCUACAGUAAAGAACCCAACUACACGUUCAUUUGUGACGAGAAGUUGAACGCACCCGUUGGGGUGGUGUACAAGCUCCUCUUUGGUGAGGACACCCAGAAAUACGUCACGGUGCUCAAGGACCAAAAGAACUUUGACGUGACCGAAGACACCAUCACCGCGCUCUCGAACAACGCGAAGGAGCGGAAGUACUCCUACAUCAAGCCGUUGGGAGGUCCCAUAGGCCCCAAGCAGACCAAAUGUAACAUCACCGACACCCUCAAGAAGUUUGACAUUGAUCUGGCGAUCGAGGUCGAACAGGUGUCACAGACUCCAGACGUGCCGAGCGGCGGGUCCUUUGUGGUGAAGACGAAGCUCUUCUUCACUUGGGCCGCGGGGAACAGCACGCGAAUGUACGUGGUGACUUGUGUCGAAUGGAGCGCCAAGUCAUGGAUCAAGGGAGCCAUUGAGAAGGGGAGCAUCGACGGGCAAAAGGAAUCGAUGAAGGUGUUGGUUCAGCUGUUGAACGGGUUCAUCAAGGAUGCUGCCGCCGACGGGAAGGGAAAUGGGUCGCGCAAGAAGAAGAGUGGCAGUGGAAGUCGCAAGAGACGGUCCACAGUCAAGCAGAGCGAUGCUCCCGGGGCCAAGGGCGAAAAUGGUGCAUCGUCUACGGGCACGGGCGCUGGUCUGGGACUCGGUGGUGACGGCACUUCCAAGCCCAUCCUUGAACAGGUUUCAGGGUUGCUCGCUAGUGUUGGGGAGUUGGUGCCCGUGGCGGUUCCCUUCAUUGGGGAGCCGAUCAAGGGGGCCGUUGUGUUGGUGGCAGGGUACUUGGCGAUGCUGGCGGUGGUUGGUAGUGGGCUCAGACUAGUUGGGCUCGGCUCCAGCUCGGGCUCCGGCUCCGGCUCCGGCUCGGGCUACAACGUGGCGAUCGGCAGCGACUACAUCUCCAAGGUGAAGAUCAACGGAGAGUUCUACACGGUGAUCCCCACGGUGCAGACAAGCUUGAACAACAAGCGGCUUGCGCGAGACGCAGAGGCGUCGAUGUGGAACUGGAUCGAGGAGCGGAGCGGCGUGGUCACAGACAAGAAGACUCGCGCGGACGGCGACUACCUCGACUGGAACACAGGCGGCCACCCGGGCGUGAGCGAGAAAUAUUCAAGACAAGAGAUCAACGAGAUGGUACGUAUGACAAGGUUGAAGUUGGACCAGAUAGAGAAGCAGUUGCAUUAG